AUGUUCAAGAAUGAAUACCAGCCUGGAGAGCUUGUUCUAGUGCGGAAUACUCAGGUUGAGAAGGAGCUGGAUCGUAAAGCAAAGCCUUGUUACAAUGGCCCUUAUGAAGUUGUGCGACGUACUAAAGGAGGAUCAUAUGUUCUAAAAGAAAUGGAUGGAUCAGUAUCACGAAGAGGAAUUGCAGCAUUUCGCCUACUUCCCUAUUUCAACCGC